AUGAUGCAGCCCGCUGCCGGGAUGGUUCCGCCUCCUAUGGUGCCUCCUCCGAUGGAUCAGCAGCACCCGCCGCCGGUGCAGCAGCAGCAGCCCCAGCAGCAGUGGGCCCACAUGAUGCCCCCGCAGUACCACCAGCCUCCACCCCAGAUGCCUCCACCCAUGUGGAAUCAGCAGCCGUCUCAGGUCCCGCCCCCGCAGCCGAUGCCUCCUCAGCCGCAGGCUAUGCAGCCGGUCCAGAUGGGCCCGCCCCAGCCGCAGCCCGUGCAGCAGCCGGUUCAAUACCACCAGGUCGCGCCGGCUCCGACCUCUGCUGUGGCGCCUCAGCCGAUGUCGACUGAGGAGAUACGCAGCCUGUGGAUCGGUGAUCUACCGUAUUGGAUGGAAGAGACGUACCUUCACAGCUGCUUUGCCAGCACCGGCGAGGUACGGGGCAACUCACUCCGUUUUUUUCCUCAUUCUAACUAAUCAUCUUAUGUAGAUAUAUAUAUAUAUAUAUAUUUUUCAAAGUUACUUGUUCAGCGUAAAUGAUAGGUUUUAUCAACAUUUCGGUGAACUUUUAGCUAUCUACGUCUCUUCACGAUUACAGUUUGUUAGAUAAUUGUGAGGGCGGGCCGUUGUGUGCGUUUUAUGCAUAAAGCUAUAUGUAUCAAUGUUGUUGAUGUGUGGGGCGUAAUACGUCUUUUGUUUGUUUGGGACUUUCCAUGCGUUCCAGUUUUGUUGUUCGGUCGAAGAGAGUACCAAACAUUACCCGUUGUUUAGGUUCGUAUAAUGACAUUGAAUACAGUGCCUCACUCUGGAGAGUUCACUUACAGGUUAGCAAGUGUGGACACUUGCACAUUGUCUGCAAUUCUAGGAUUCUAGAUAAUUUAGAUGUAGCCUCUGUGCAAAGUUUCAACUUAAUCUGGAAAGUGAAUGCUGAAUCUUUUUAAUUGUUGCCUCUUAUUAGUCUCUUACUUGUCAUACAGUGUGUGUAUUAUGAUCUCCAAUGCCUCAUAAUCAUCAUCGAUGCUUUAUAUUUAUUCUUAUCCUUUAGAACUACUGAGUAGUACCCUGGAACAUAAAGAAUCCUCUGCCCCUCUCUAUUUUCCUCCAUUUUUUGGGCUGUUUUCUAUUGAGAGGUCACCUUUUCCUUGGGUUUUGGACAAUUUUUGGUAAUCACCUAUAUCUUUUCUGUAUCUAUCUCCCAUCACCUGGUUUUAUGCUGUUCGCACCCACAUUUUUAUUCUUACAGGCCUAGUAUAUUCUCGUAAAAUAUAUUUUUUGGAAGAAUUGAUAAUCAUUGGUUCUUACUUUCUAUAUUAUUUUUUAGUUUGCUCUGGUCUCUAUUGGAAUGUGAAAAUGAUUGGUUUUGGCUAUUUCUUAGCGCAAGCUUAAUUAAUUUGAAAUCAAGUUCGUUUUUGGUUACAACUCUUCCCACAGAUAUCUUAUUAUCAUUUUUUUUCUAGGGCUUAUGUACAUGCCUGUACAAGUUGUUACUUUCCUUGUUGAUAUCACCUCAGAAUGGUUUUCUGAAUUUUUUUCCCCAAUUGGUUUGGCCCCUGAGCAUAGUGACUUAUUCUCUGAAGUUGUUAUUUGGUGACAUUUUUUCAUUCAAAAAUAAAUCUUCAUGGCUGAACUUAUUUUUCAUCAUGCACUCCAGGUAAUUUCUGUGAAGGUUAUUAGAAACAAACAGACUGGUCAAUCAGAAGGUUAUGGUUUUAUUGAGUUUACGAGUCGUGCAGCUGCAGAAAGAGUUCUGCAAACGUUCAAUGGGCAACUGAUGCCUAAUGCAGAGCAGACGUUCAGACUUAACUGGGCGGCCUAUGGUGCCGGUGAGAGGCGGUCUGAUGAUAAUGAUCAUCCAAUAUUUGUUGGAGAUCUUGCAGCUGAUGUUACAGACUAUAUGCUACAAGAGACAUUCAGGAGCCGUUAUCCCUCUGUUAAAGGGGCUAAAGUUGUCACUGACAGAACCACUGGGCGGUCAAAAGGCUAUGGAUUUGUUAGAUUUGGAGAUGCAAGUGAGCAGAAUCGUGCAUUGACAGAAAUGAAUGGUGUCUUUUUGUCAACAAGACCAAUGAGGGUUGGCCCAGCAACCACCAAAAAAACCGGUGGUGCAGGUAUGAAAAUUAUAUAAUCCUUGCUAUUUAUGAAUUUUAUCACUGUUUCUUUGCUGUAAAUGGCUGAACAAGUUGAAUAUGUCUUGGACUUCUUGGUCUCAUUUUCUGUGCACUGGAAAGUAUGACUGUUGUUUUUCCCCAGUUUUGCUUCACUUGAUGUUGUGAAUGUUUCAUAUGUUAGUGCAGAUGCAAAUUCUAGAGGCUGUUUGAUAUGUAGUUAUUUCUUCCAGUUAUUCACUUGAAAAGCAGCAGUUUGUUGAUCAUCCAUCCUCAAGCGCUUUUCCUUCCAAGUACUUUCCUUUAUGAAAUUGGGCAAAUUUAAUUUAAAAAAGAUUUCGAGAACUUAUAAAACUCAUGUUGUUCCAAAGCAGGAUGCCAAGAGGCUCUUUCCAUUUAGGAGCCUGGAAAUGACUUCAGCUGAGGUGCAUAUCUCCUUUAGUACGUGCCUCCUUCGGUCAGUGUUAUCUUUUUGUAACAGUUUGCCCUUAAUUUCAUUUUGUGGCAUUUUUUAUGCUACAUAGGAGACUUCAUUUUGUACAUCCUUCUGUUCAAAAAGAUGUCUAAUUUUCAAAAUGCUAAUUUACAUUCCUUACAUUUAAAGAGUUGGCUGUAUUCUCAACUUUCCUUUGACAACGUUCUCCCUCAAGUUCUUUCCUUUUUCCAUUUCAUUUUUUGGGAAUGCAGUAUAUUGAGGAGAGGUGAUUUAUGCUUCAGUCAGCUUUUUAUUUUUGUUCGAUAGCUGGUAUAAGUAUCUUCAGGCGAAUCUUUCGUCUAAUUAUCUUGUUCACUUCAAUCUGAGGAAAGUUACUAUGAGACUGAGGUCCUCUUGGAGAGUCCUAGUUGAUUCUUUAGUUAUCUUUUUCAAUCUUGUUGUCGGUCUGUCUUGAUCUGUCUUGUUAUUCCAAUCAUUCUUUAAACAAACUCUGUCUAGUUCCAUUCCUUUUCAUGAAUGUGACACAUUUUUCAGUAGUUGUUGGGAUAAUGUCUAUUUAAUAUGUCACUCCUUUCCCAGGGUUAUCUUUUAUCCUUUCAUCUACCUUUCUAUGUCAAAGUUUCGAUCAAUUCCUGUCUCACAAUUUCUCAGUUUGUCUGAAAAACUCAGUUUGGAUGGAGUUUAACCAUGGUAGUUGUUGAACAUUGAAAAGUGAAUUUUAUACAGGUAUUAACCAGCUUGAAUUGUUCAAAUAAUAAUUGAAAUGGAAGUUUCCAUUAGUUUUAGCAUUUUGCGUUUUGCAAAUGCCAGUAUCAUAAUCCAAGGUCAGACUCAUUUUGGACCAAUUUGAAAAUUUAUUUUCGCGUAGCCAACAAUUUGCUGAAUCCCUUACAAUUGCCUGCUAGACGCCCCUCUCCUUAUACCAUAGAAGGGCAAAUGUCUGCUGUAAAGAGCAUUCUCUUAGUAGAUCUCAUGCAAAAAAGGAAGCACACAAUAUAUCUCGCGGAUUACAUUUUUUUAAUUUGUGCUUUCAGAACUUAUUCAUGAUAUUGAUCGCCACUUUAACAGAGAAAAAAUAGAAUCUUGGAAACCGCCUAAUGCAUAUGCUCAGAAGAUCACGUGUCUGAUAUUUUUACAGAGGGGUUGACUGCAACUGAGUGUAUUCCUGCUCUAGGUGAGUUGACUUUGACAAACAUCGGUCCUCAAUCUGAGUACAAAGAGUUAGGAUCUAUUAAUUAUUUGUAUACUCUUAGGAUGUUGUUUUAGGGUUUACCUGGUAGGUUUGUGGUAGCACCGUUUUAUUUUUACCAUCUACGUUGACUUGUUUGUACAAUGGUUUUUUCCACUAAAGAUGCAGGAAGUACGUCUUUUUGAGAAUUUAGCUCGUGAGAAUAUGGAUAUUGUUUCAGGUUACGUGGGAUCAAAAUUGAAAAUAACUUGCGUGGUGAAUUAACAGUGCUUUGGAUCUCCUUCCUCUCAAUGUGUUUCUUCCUCAUUCUGCUGCAGGUUCCUUGCAUUGAAAGAUUUGGCAUUUCUGUGCUUGUUCAUUUAUAAGUUCGAUCCUUUCAGAAUUUUCAACAAAUUGACGUGGGUUUAAUGUGUCUCUGUUGUCCUAUUUUGUGUCAUCAACCUGAAUAUCUAUGGUUCUUGGUUUAUUUUGAAGAUUAACUCGUUAUCAGAAUUUUAUAAUAAUCCAAAUUAUAGUUUAGAUUGUGAUUUAUGGUUAAGGCAAACAUGUUAGAUGACUUUUCAAAAUUUAAGACUGGAGGAUGUUAUCAGAAAUUCGAUAUUAUAACCUUAUAGGCUGAAAAAGGUUACGGUUCCUUGGCUGCCACAUUUAAUGUGUGUUAGCCAAAAAAAUUAGUGUUUAUAAUUAUCACUGUAGAGUUGUAUGAUAUCUCUCUUUUGUUGGUAUUGUAAAGUCUGCCUCCUCUUUUCUUGUGAGAAGUCAUGCUGUUCUUAAUGAAGAUGGGUCAUAUUCAAGAAUAAUCCCCUAUCUGAUUCUCUGUUGUUUCUCAAUUUUUUUUUUAUAAACAUGUUGAACUUCUUAAUUUGUAUUUCUUUUUUUUUUUUAGCAUGUGAUGUCUGCAAGUCCCAAUUCACACUAUAGGACAUUGUUGGAACCUGGUCCGAGUGGAGUUUGGAGGAGUUUUCAUAAAAUGAUUAUUGGCGGAGCUGAAAGAGACGAUGGGUAGAACUUUGGAGAAUGACAGGACAAAACAUAUUUCCCUUCAUUGAGGUCUUUUUUCUUCUGGUGGGGGGAGAGGGGACCUUUCUUUGACUUGGCUUGCUUUGUCGAGUUAUUGGGAGAACAUAGGUGAAGGUCAUAUCAUUAGCAUGCCCUAAUUAUAUGAUAGUGCCCAAACUAACUGUCUACCUUGAUUUCUGCUGUGUGGAAUUGACACUUGAGACUAUUACGUCACAAUGAUUUUUAUUACAUUACUACCUCUAUUAGAAUGCUUCUGGCUGAUGACAUUUUUUUUCAUGGUGCUUGCUUUAAAAUAUACUGUAGAAUAUAGUCGAGAAGCUACUCGAUCACAUCCAUUAAAUUGUUGGUAGUUUAUGUCAUGUAUUUAUCUAAGAUGGUGCCGUCUUGCACACAUGUGAAAUAUCGAUUUUAUUGACCUACAGUUACCUAGACAUGGGGAUGUUUCCAUCUUUGCUUGGACUCUAUUGUAUUUAUUAUUAUCUUCUUCAAAGAACAUAGUCAUUUUAUGCUGUUCGAAAGGACAACAUUUGCACUGUGUUUUCCUGACGGUAGUCUCACCACUUUGCUGUUUGCAGGUUCCUACCCGGUCACACAAACUACCCAAUCUGAGAGUGAUCCAAAUAACACAACGGUGAGUUAGUUGUGAUAUUUUUCAUGGAUUGGAAAUAUUUGCUCUUGUUUAUGUUGAGCAUAUAGUUGAGAACAGGUUGAGGCAUGUUUUAUUUUAUAUUUUUUUUUAUCAAAUUCUCAGUAAUAUGCUCAUGAAUGAGGAGAGAAUGGUUCAGCAACUAAAUGUCAGCAAAUAUCUGGUUUUACUUAUUUGCAUUCAAUAUAUUUGAGAAUCACAGCACACAUAUGACUAAAAAAAUUAUAGAAAUAAAUAAUAUAUAUAUAUAUAUAUAUAUAUUUCUCGGUAUGGUAGUUAGCCGAAAAAAUCAUAUAUCAGCACACAUCAUCACGUAAGCUUGUGAUUUACGACCAACUUCUGUUGAAUAAUUUAAUUUUUUGGCAAGUGAUUGAGAGCGUUGUAUACCAAGUAUUUCAUACUUUUGGCAUUAGAUGAUGGCUGAAUUGCAGAAUUUUACAUGUGAUUUCGUAUGUUGCGUGAUAAUUGAUGACAGAUACACUCCAUUAUUGAUUGUUUUAAAUGCAGAUAUUCGUCGGUGGAUUGGACUCUAGUGUCACCGAUGACAUCCUGAGGCAGGUCUUUGGCCAAUACGGUGAGCUCGUCCACGUGAAGAUACCCAUAGGAAAACGGUGCGGAUUUGUUCAAUUUGCCAACAGGUCUGUCCUCUCAGCCACAUAUCUUACCCAUUUCUGCGUUAUUUGAUAAGUUGGCCUCGUGAACUGAAACUCCCCCUUACACACACGUUGGUUGGGUGGGGUCCUCAGAGCCUGUGCAGAGGAAGCCUUGUUGAUGCUGAAUGGAGCUCAGUUGGGCGGGCAGAGCAUCAGGCUCUCAUGGGGUCGCAGCCCUUCAAACAAGCAGGUUUGUGGGCCCCAUCCAUCCACCAUCUCCUUUGAUGGACAUCCACCUCUUAAUCGGGCCCGGGUUCCCCACUUACACAUCAGUUUUGGGUUUCAGCCACAGCAGGAUCAGAGCCAGUGGAACGGCGGCUACUAUGGAUACGGGCAAGGCGGCUAUGACGCCGCGGCGGCGGCGGCCGCCGCAUAUGGAUAUGCGCCGCCGCCUCAGGAUCCCAAUAUGUAUGCCUAUGGAGCCUAUCCUGCCUAUGGGAACUACCCACAGCAGCAGCAGCAGCCGCAGCAGCAGCAGCAGCAGUACCCACCACAGCAGCAGCAAUAUGCGCAGCAGCCGCAGCAACCGAUGGUCAGUUCUCUUCUCUCCGCUGACGUAUUAUGAUGUAUCAUCUCUCUUAUUAUGGAUGCGUCCGUGACCUUAAAAUGACGACCUUUUUUGGAGCAAAUUGACCUCUGCCCACUUUUAUUUAUUUAUUUAUGCCCUUUUUGUUUUCACUGUUGCCAGCUUCUGGCGAUGUGACGCCGGUUACUAUGCGCGGAUUAUUUCAUCAAUUCUUCGUAUUUCGCUUAGAUUAAUUUUAAUUCGUUGUAUCAUGAACCUUGUUAUUUUCUUAAAUUAUGUUUUCCUGCAAGGCUUAUUUUAUUUAUUUAUUUUCUUUUCUUCAUCCGGUAUCUUCUCACUGCGCUUCUUCCUGUGUGUCCCAUCUUGGCGCAGUAACGUCCUUGGCUCAUGGCGCGUUCUCUUCGAUAUGAUGCUCGUGGGUCGCCCUCUCUCUCUCUCUCUCAUUCUCUCCCUCUCUCAUGCCCGUUGGCUGCGAGACGAUGCGCCGUUCUCUUGCUUUCAUUUUGUCUCUUUGUAGUGGGGUUGUCUUUGAGCCUGGUCUUAAUUAAUUAAGUGGUGGUUGUUGACUCGUGGACUAUUUUAAUCAAUGUUGGGCGGCAGUGCGCGCUUCUUCUCUCUCUCUCUCUCCUCUUCUUAAUUGCAUCCCUUUUGUUUGGCGUCUAAUAUGGAUGUGCUGGGUUGACCUAGGAGGCUUGGAGCGCCACAUCCCCCCACCUCUCUCUCUCUCUCUCUCUCUCUCUCUCUCUCGUAAUUAAGUUGUGCGUGCGGUUCUGUUGUGAAGGAAAAAGAAUGGCGGCAACCUUCCUUAUGGAUAGAUGCCCAUGGUUGACUUUUCGAGGGGUGGAGACGUGACCGUUGAUUCGUGAACCGAAGAAGACAAAACGAAGAAGGAAAAGUUGAUCGACGAUGACGACCCCCAUAAAGAGGCUACGAGAUGAUCGGUCCCUUUCCGCUUUGCAUCAGCUGA